ACAGACUGAAUUAAAAAAUAAAGUGCAAAAUUUUGAUGGAAAAAGAAUUGAUCCCAAGGAAGAAUACGGUUCACAAGGUGAAAAUUUAAUUAAAAAGCUUGUUCGACAGUUUGAUCCAUUAGAUGAUAUGGCGUCGGGCUAUGCAACAAUGAUGACUGGAGAGAGUUUACCCGUAUCUCCUUAUUUUAGAAAAAAAUCAGAUUUGUUUUCCAGUUCAUCAACUCCUGUCACAUUUCGUAAUGAAUCAAAUUCAUCUCCAUCUGUAUUUCAUCCAAGUAUUUGUGAAAUUCCAUCAAAUCGUGUUAAUUAUAUUUUACAAAAUAUCCGUUCCACUUAUGGAACUACUCCCUUACAAACAGUAAAAAUUACACCACCAUCAUCAUCUUUUGCGAGACAUAUUUCACCUCAACCCACUCCAAAUUUAAUGAAUUUUUCUCCUCGUUAUCCUUCGAUUCAACCCUAUAGGACACAAAAACAACAGCAAACAUUUUCUGAAACACAAUCUUCCUUAUUUGAUCCAUUAUUACCUACUACGACAAAAAUUACAAAUAAUAUAGGCACACAGUCAGUUCAUAACACAGAUAUUCUAUUUGAUCCUGUACAACAGAAUAAAGAGAGUCUAUAUCCAAUUCUUCCACCACCAACUUCUCAUGAAUCACAUACACAUUCUCAUCAACUCAAUUCAAAUUCCACAACAAAUUUAAUUGAUUUUUAG